GCGGGGUGAAGCUGUUACCCGUGGGACCUCAGCAACAGGAGGAAGAGGAGGAGGAAGAAGAGGAGGACGACCUUCAGCCUCCGAGCUUCUCCUGCUCGGCAUACGGGCUGGGAGUGGAUGAGCAGCAGCAGCAGGAGGAGGAGGAGGAGGAGGGCGGCUCUGUGACGGCGGCAGGGAAUCGAGAUGUCCCACGCUUUGAAGCAGGUGUUCAAUAAGGACAAAACCUUCCGGCCCAAACGUAAAUUCGAGCCCGGCACGCAGCGCUUCGAGCUGCACAAGAAGGCGCAGGCGUCGCUGAACGCCGGGCUGGACUUGAAGGUGGCCGUGCAGCUGCCGCCGGGCGAGGAGCAGAACGACUGGGUGGCCGUGCACGUGGUGGACUUCUUCAACCGCAUCAACCUGAUCUACGGCACCAUCAGCGACUACUGCACCGAGCAGUCCUGCCCCGUCAUGUCGGGAGGCCCCAGGUACGAGUACCGCUGGCAGGAUGAGCACAAGUACCGGAAGCCCACGGCCCUGUCCGCCCCGCAGUACAUGAACCUGCUGAUGGAUUGGAUCGAGGUGCAGAUCAACAACGAGGACAUCUUCCCCACCAACGUCGGUACGCCCUUCCCCAGGAACUUCCUCCCCGUGGUGAAGAAGAUCCUCUCGAGGCUUUUCCGCGUCUUCGUCCACGUCUACAUCCACCACUUCGACCGCAUCACGCAGAUGGGCUCGGAGGCGCACGUGAACACGUGCUACAAGCACUUCUACUACUUUGUGAAGGAGUUCAACCUCAUCGACACCAAGGAGCUGGAGCCCCUGAAGGAGAUGACAGCACAGAUGUGCCACUGAGCGACCCCCGCUGCGCCGCGCAGAGCUUUUCCUUACAGAAAUGGAUUUAUAUUUUUAAGGCUGUAAUCGCUGCAGAAUAGCAGGAGUAUUUUUGUAAGAGAUGUUCCAGAUCCGUUCCUCUGGUCGGUUGUCUUUUGUUUGUUUGUUUCUUUUCUUCUUUUUCGACGGCGAUUUCUAUUAUUAAAAACAAAAAGAAAGGAAGAAGAAAA